AUGGGCUGCUACCGGGGCUUCUUGGGGCUGCUGGUGUCCGCCCUGCUGGUGGGCUUCCUGGCGGUGCUCUUCGUGCUCAUCUGGGUCCUGCACUACCGAGAGGGGCUUGGCUGGGACGGCGGCGCGCUCGAGUUUAACUGGCACCCGGUGCUCGCGGUGACCGGCUUCGUCUUCAUCCAGGGCAUCGCCAUCAUCGUGUACAGACUGCCAUGGACCUGGAAGUGCAGCAAGCUCUUAAUGAAAUCCAUCCACGCCGGCUUAAACGCUGUGGCCGCCAUCCUCGGCAUCAUCUCGGUGGUGGCGGUGUUUGAUUACCACGACGUCCGAAAGAUCCCCCACAUGUACAGCCUGCACAGCUGGGUCGGGCUGCCAGUGGUCAUCCUCUACAUUCUACAGCUUGUUCUAGGCUUUUUCGUCUUCCUGCUCCCAUGGGCCCCGCUCUCUCUCCGGGCAGCCGUCAUGCCCAUACACGUGUACUCUGGACUCCUCCUCUUUGGAACAGUGAUUGCGACAGUCCUCAUGGGAGUGACAGAGAAGCUGGGUUUUGUCCUGAAAAAUUCCUACCAUUCGUUCCCACCAGAAGGUGUUUUUACAAAUACCAUGGGCCUUCUGGUUGUGGUCUUUGGAGCUCUCAUCUUUUGGAUUGUCACCAGGCCACAAUGGAAACGUCCUAGGGAACCAGGCUCUCUCCCUCUGCAGCUAAAGGGAGGCACCGCGGACGGAGUGGAAGGCACCAUGGCGAUAAACUCCGGCCACAGCACGGACACCCCAGAUGCAGAGUUAAGCAGCGAAGGAGCAGCCCGGAAAAGAACCCUCGGCCUGGAUGACGCUGGCCAGAGGUCCACCAUGUGAAAUGUAGACGCAGCCUCUUAACUUCUCUUUCAAAGUCUCAGCCCUACAGUUUAGCCUCUCCUGCCACUGGUGACUUGGGUUCAUAGUGCCAAGGAGGAUUUCCUGAGAGUCGUUGCGUUGACUGAGGCCCGUGAGCUUACUAAUGUAAAAUGGCAUGAUCAAUAUAAGUUGUCAUUGAUUCCUGUUUCUUCUUGAGGACUCAGGUUUUGGAUGUG